AUGGUCGACAUCCUCCCCCUCUCGUCCUUCCCGUCAUACAUCAACCUCCUCCCGUCCAUCCAGACGUGCAACAUCACCAACCUGCCCGAAAACUACUUUCUGAAGUACUACCUCUACCACGCCCUGACGUGGCCGCAACUCAGCUUCGUGGCCGUCGUGCGGCCCAAGAACGGGUAUGCCCAGAACAAGAAGAAACUCGGGGGGCGACCGGGUGCGGGCGCGGGCGCAUAUGGCUACGGCCCCGGAGAGGAAUACCCCAAGGUGGUCGGGUACGUGCUGGCCAAGAUGGAGGAGGAGCCAGCGGACGGGAUCGCGCAUGGGCAUAUCACCAGUCUGAGUGUCAUGCGCACGCAUCGACGGUUGGGGAUUGCGGAGCGGUUGAUGCGGAUGAGUCAACGCGCCAUGGCCGAAUCCCACCGCGCAAACUACGUCUCGCUGCACGUGCGCGUUUCCAACACGGCCGCCCUGCGCCUCUACCGCGACACGCUGGGCUUCGAGGUCGAGAAGGUCGAGAGCAAGUACUACGCCGACGGCGAGGACGCGUAUGCUAUGCGCCGGGAUCUGAAGAGCAUGUGGCUGGACUGGAGCGAGGAGGAUGCCAAGGAUCGGCAGCAACAGCAGCAGCAGGAGAAAGAAAAGGAGAAAGAAAAGGAGAAGGAGGAUAAAGACGACGACGGGGAACACCCCGACGAAGGCGACGAGGUUGGCGAGUUGGGCAAGAAGGAGAAGGACGGCGAAGUAGAGAAGAUGAUCCGCGUCAAGGUCGGGAGGGGCUUGGGGGUUGGGGAUCUGGUCGAGCGGAAUGAGGCUGUAAAUCGGUAG